AUGGGGGAAGCCAUUGAGACUGCAGUCAUCGAACUUGCUGUGAAGAAAUUGGUUUCCCGAAGUUAUCAAGAAAUCAAGUCAGUUGUGGACCUCGAGUCUGAAGUGAAAAGGCUUCAGGAAACACAGACCAUCGUUCAAGCUGCACUUAUUGAUGCAAACUUAAUGCAAGAGGCAGCCAUGUUCAACAAGACGUGCUCGAGAAGCUCAGCUGGGAGCUUAACAGAUAUAGGGAAGGAACUAGAAUCCAUUGCAAGAGACCAUGCUCGGUUUGGUAGCAUUGUUAGUGUACCAUCUGCACACCAAACACAUGCAGGAAGUGUUCAAACAGCUGGGUCUCACAUUAUCUCUGAUGUAGUCAUUGGGAGAGACGUAGAAAGGAACACCAUCAUAAGCAUGCUUUCUGGCAACUACAUUGCUUCAGAGACCCUCUCUGUUGCAUCUAUUGUUGGGAUUGGUGGAAUUGGGAAAACGACAUUGGCUCGCUACGUGUACCAUGAUGAAAGGGUGAAAUGCUGUUUUGAUGUUAGGUUUUGGGUUGAUGCAACUAAGGGAUUUUAUGUUGAAGAGGUGCUGAAGAAGAUUUUAGCAUCUGCUAUGGAUGAAAUGCCUCGCAGGUGUGAUAUAGAUCAGUUGUACCAUCACUUCCUUGAAGCAAUUGCUGGAAAGAAGUUUCUGCUUGUUUUGGAUAAUGUUUGGGACAAAGGAUUUUUGAGGCUAAUUUGGAUAGAGUUAAAGAGAUUGCUAGCAUUUGGUGCCUAUGGGAGUAAAGUUCUCAUUACCACGCGUGAUCAGAAAGUUGCUGCAACAAUGGACUCUACCAGUCCUUACAUGCUGGGGGAUUUAACAGAAGACGACUCUUGGCAACUCUUUAAACAGAUUGCUUUUACACAGAUACAAGAGCCGGGUGUGAAGGCUAUUGGGAAAGAGAUUGCAAAGAUGUGUCCUAAUGUGCCUCUUGUUAUAAGGAGUAUCGGAGGCCUCUUAGCAGGAAAAAUUACACUGAAGGAAUGGAAGGCCUUUAGAAAUGAUCAGCUUGCAAAUUUCUCUACCUAUGGGCGUGACAUUAUGCAUACACUUAAACUUAGCUAUGACCAACUAGAUGCAAAGCUGAAGCUUUGUGUUGCUUACUGUUCUUUAUUUCCAAAGGGGUUUGAAUAUGAUGAAGAUGAAAUGAUUUGUCUCUGGAUUUGUAUGGGUUACGUAGAGCCACAAUAUAAGAACCAAAGCCUGGAAGAAGCAGGGGAAGCAUAUAUGCUUGGCUUGCUAAACUGUGGCUUUUUCCAAAGACGUGAUGGCUUAAAGAUGCAUGAUGUGAUGCAUGAUGCUGUUGUCAUGCUCGCAGGACACAAGUAUAAGAUGGUUGAUUCAAACACUGUAGAAUUUGAUGAAAGAGUUCAUCAUGUGUCUGUUGGCAAUGUGGUGGACUCAUCAUGGGAUGUCCUUUCCUCGCUCUCCAAAAUUAAAUACCUCGAGUCCUUCCUUGUGGUAACUAGGGAAAUAAACUUAUUAGCAACGAGGAACUGGUUCGUCUAUCAUAAAGUGAUGCUUCCAAGAUUUCAGUGUUUGAAGGUAUUGGACCUACACGGGAUAUGGAUAAAGAAGUUACCAACAUCGCUAGGUGAGCUAAUUUGCUUGCGACAUCUUGACUUGUCAGAAACUGCUUUAGUGAAACUACCUAACUCAGUCCUGCGGCUGGUGAAUCUACUAUCACUUAAAUUGUAUUCGUGUAUUAACCUUCAAGAGUUGCCGAAGGACAUGAGCAAGUUAGUGAAGCUUAGACAUCUUCAGUUAAGUGAGUGUUCGGAAUUGACCCAUGUGCCAAAGGGGUUGGGACAUCUGACAGAUCUUCAAACAUUAAGCUUAUUUGUAGUCAGUGAGAAAAGUUCGCGAAGUAAAUUUGAGGCCAAUGUUGUUGGUGGAUUGGAAGAACUUAAGCACCUCAAUCUGAAGGGAGAGUUGAGUAUCCAGGUGUGUAAGCAGCCAAAGGAUAUAGUGUUGGGAGCUAGGGAGGCAAACUUGAGAAGAAAGGAGAAGCUCAUAGACUUGUCUAUUGAUUUUUGGGAUAGCACAAAAGAAGAUGAGGCGGUGCUAGAAGGCCUGACCUCAUGCCAACCUAAGAUAUCUAAAGAUACAGGAUACCUUUGUCACUUGGGAAGGCUCCCUUAUUUAAAAGACCUAUUUCUUGAGGGGUUAGAUAAUGUGGAGUACAUAGAGAAGUAUACUAGUAGUAGCAGCAAUAAUGCUAAUGACGAAGCCUCUACUCCUGAGUCCAUAUUCCCCAGCCUAGAAACAUUUCGGCUUAAGGGCAUUCCCAAGUUGAAGGGAUGGUGGAAUAUGUCGUUGAGUGGAGACCAUGAUUUAAGACAGCACCAUGAUGUUCAAUAUCAGAAUCAUCUGACUGAAUGGAGGCCUGCAUUUUGUAAACUGAAGGCCCUGACAACAGACAGCAUAGAGUUGGCAAUUACAAUAGCCAAGGGGCCGGGCUUUGCUUCUCUUGAGCAUCUCUAUAUUAAGCACAAUUCAAGAGUGUCUCUACCUUUGUGUGAACAACAAACACUAACCCCACUCAAUACUUGCUUUCCCAACCUCCGUUGCUUGCAACUUUCAGGUAAUCCCAAGAUAGAAGCUCUCCCUGACAAAAUUCAAGACCUUUUCUAUCUUGAAUACCUGCGUAUCGACAACUGUAAACAACUGAAGGCUAUACCAGAGUGGAUUGAUAGCCUCAGGUCCCUCACAAGCCUCUAUAUAUGGGAAUGCCCCAGACUAGAAUCCCUACCGCAUGAGAUAAGCAAUCUCUCCAACUUGAAGUUGCUCGGAAUCAGUAAAUGCUCUGCAGUGCUCACAGAGAGGUGCCGGUGCAAGAAUCCAACUGGGUUGUACUGGCCUUUCAUUCAACAUAUCCCUUACAUAAACAUACGACUUUCUAAUCGGAAUCCAACUGGUGAAUACUGGCCUUACAUUUAA